UUUCCACCGCCAUUUGCAUUUCUCUUCUCAAACUCGCCAUCCUCGAGGAGAAGGGCGACUCAUAUUUGCAGAAAAAAAAGGCUCGAGAAAGCUGAAGAAGAGCGACUCAUAUUUGCCCAACUUCUCUGUCUACCCACCACCGCCCUCCGUGGACUAUUCUUGCCACCUUCGCUUUUCCUAAAGACUGAGAGAUCGUACUUUGAAAAUGGACAGGCUGAAGGAUGGAAGUUCUGGUGGUGUGCAAGACAAAGGUUCAGCUGGCAGUACAUCUCGCCUUGGCCGGUUUGGUUUUGGAUCUCAGUUACAGAAGACUGUUGGUUUGGUACUCAAACCUUGUCAAGGCCGCCAG